AUGCGGAAUCUCAAGGACUCUUUCUCCUUUCUUUUCAUUUCCAAACCCACAGAGGUUUCAGAAGGGGUAGCCUAUAUCUGCCCUUCUAGUGUGCAAACAGUAAGCAAGCUGUGCUGCCUCACUCAACGAACGACCGUGAUAGUAGGUCGUGCAGCAACCCGCGUAGAGAAGAAAAUCUUCACAAAACCGAAAAUCGAAGGAGUGCCGUGCCGACUAGAAGUGGACACAGGGUCAGCGAUCACAAUCAUGUCCUGGGACACUUUUGCGAAAGCUUUGCCGAGAAUCGCCAAACGCAAACUGCAAACACAGCGGCUAAGAGUUCAAGACUACCAAGGGAAUCGCAUCCCUGUUCGAGGGACCACCUCCGUCCGCGUCGAGUACGGACCACACAAGAAGACCCUGCCCAUCACGAUAGUCGAAGGGACCCUGCCAAGUUUGUUGGGACUAGACUGGUUCCGUGCGUUGGGCAUGGGAGUGACUGGCAUCUACAGAAAUGACUUUAACCUAAAGGACACACUCAUGGACGAAUUCGAAGAUGUUUUCAAGGACUGCCUGGGCAAGUACAAGGGGACCCCUAUUUCCUUCAAUUUAGACCCCCAGGUAGCCCCCAUACGGUUAAAAGCAAGGAGGGUUCCUUUUGCCCUUAAACCCAAGAUUGACAGGGAGAUAGACAAACUCAUCAGUCAGGGGAUACUAGUGCCAGUCGAUCACGCAAAGUGGGAAACGCCAAUCGUCACCCCAGUGAAACCAGAUGGGUCAGUUAGAAUCUGCGCUGACUACAAGGCAACGUUAAACAAAGCCUUGCAAAAAAGCGCUUACCCGGUCCCCGUGGUGCAACAUUUGCUGCACUCGCUGGGGCAAGGGCACGUUUUUGCCAAAUUAGAUUUGGCCCAAGCCUAUCAACAACUGCCUGUAGACGCCAACACAGCCGAAGCCCAAACAAUUGUGACUCACAGAGGUGCUUUCAAGUGUACCCGGUUACAGUUUGGGGUGAGUGUGGCACCUGGCCUAUUUCAAAAUUUAAUGGAGCGACUUCUGCAAGGGCUCCCGGGGGUAGUCCCCUAUUUUGAUGAUGUAUUGGUAUCAGCCGAAAAUUUAGAAGAAUUGGGGGAGCGUUUGAGGAAAGUUUUGGGCAUUUUCCGGUCAGCCGGUCUAAAGGUUAAAGUGAACAAAUGCCAAAUAGGGGUAGAAUCCGUAGAGUUCUUGGGCUACAGAAUAGACAAGGAAGGAAUCCACCCCACUGAGAGCAAGGUCAAGGCAAUAAGAAAGGCUCCAGCGCCCAAAAACAAAACAGAGCUACAGGCAUUCCUGGGCUUAGUGAAUUUUUACGCGGUCUUUUUGAAAAAUAAGGCAACCGUUGCCGAGCCGCUACAUAAGUUACUGGGAAAGAAUACUGUUUGGUCUUGGGGAAAGACGGAAGCGAGGGCUUUCGAAGCAGUAAAAAACCUACUCUCGAGCGAUAGCUUACUAAUCCAGUAUCAUAGCACAAUGCCAUUGGUAUUAGUUUGCGAUGCAUCCCCUUACGGGGUGGGUGCUGUGCUCAGCCACAGGCUCCCAAAUGGCACAGAAGCCCCAAUAGCCUUCUACUCCAGAACGAUGUCCUCGACAGAGAGGAACUAUAGUCAGCUGGAUAAGGAAGCCCUAGCUAUAGUAUCAGGGGUAAAAAAGUUUCACGAAUACGUUUUUGGUAGAGACUUUGAAAUUGUUACAGACCACAGACCACUGUUAGGGUUACUGGCUGGAGACCGCCCAACGCCUGUGGUGCUUUCGCCCCGCUUGACCCGAUGGACUAUCUUUUUAGCAGCCUACUCCUAUAAACUGCGGCAUCGGCCAGGAAAAGAGUUGGGGCAUGCGGACGCGUUAAGCAGAUGCCCACUGCCAGGGACGAUCGAGGAUCCCACUCCGGGGACGCCCAUACUGUUAAUCGACUCUCUGGACUCUGGCCCAGUCACGUCUAAGGAGGUGGCUCGGGCGUCAUACCGGGACAUUAUUUUGAGAACUGUACUUGGUUGGGUACAAAGAGGGUGGCCCGCUGCGCCGGGCGAGCGUUUUAAAGAGUUUGUAAAGAAACGUGGGGAACUUUCGGCUCAAGGGGGGUGCCUGCUAUGGGGGGACCGAGUGGUGAUCCCAGAGAAAUUGAGGAAAAGGGUGUUGGAUCUCCUCCACGAGGGUCACCCAGGGAUCGUAAGGAUGAAGGGUCUAGCGAGAAGCUAUGUGUGGUGGCCCUUAAUGGACCCGGAAAUUGCUGAAAGGGUAGGGAAAUGCCAGGCCUGCCAGGAGUCCAGGCCGCUACCCCCAACGGCCCCGGUUCGGGAAUGGGAGAGACCCCAAGGGCCCUGGUCUAGAAUCCACAUUGAUUUUGCCGGCCCCUUCCACGGCCAAACCUUCCUGGUAGUAGUCGACGCCUACUCCAAAUGGCUGGAAAUCAUUCUCAUGAGAUCCAUGACAGCCGAGGCCGUGAUCUCAGUCCUACGGCACCUAUUUGUAACCCAUGGGUUGCCCGACACGUUAGUAUCCGAUAACGGCCCGCAAUUCACGACAACCCAGUUUGAGGAGUACUUGGCAGAAGAGGGCAUCCGGCAUGCCCUCUCGGCGCCUUUCCACCCUGCGACGAAUGGCCUUGCAGAGCGUUUCGUCCGGAGCGCAAAAGAGGCAUUGUCCAGACUCAAGCCAGCCGACUGGCAAACAAAAAUUGAUGUUUUCCUGGCCGUCCAACAUAGAACCCCCUGUGUCACAAUUGGCAGAAGCCCAGCAGAAUUAUUAAUGGGCCGAAAGCUCAGGUGCCCACUAGACCGUUUAAAUCCAAACUAUACACCGGAGGGUUACAAGGGGGGACGCGAAAAAACAAGAGGAAUGGACAUAGGCGACCGAGUGUGGGCACACAACUAUGGUGAAGGCCCGUCAUGGGUAGCAGGGAAAAUCCUAAACAUAACAGGUCCAAAAUCAUACUUGGUAGAGAUAACAGACGGCCGGGUAUGGAGGCGCCACAUAGACCAAAUAAGAAAACGCAUAGCCGAACAACCUGAAUUAGCCGAAACAGGCCCUGACUAUACAAUGUUUGAAUCCACAGCUGACUCAAACCCGGGGAAAUCGCAGGACUUAUCUGAGUUCCAGGAGGUCCAGCGACGCCAACAGGUUCCAUUAGAAAACAGCAGGGACGACUCGGCAAAUAAUCCAGGGCCGGAUGGCCUAGAGGAGGAGCUGAGAGGAGCAAACAGCCCCUCCGCUCAGCUCGACCCACUCCCAGGGAAUGAAUUGCGCAGGUCCGAAAGAGUGAGGAGACGCCCAGUCUAUUUGCGUGAUUACGUUGAAAAAUAACAUGUAAAUAUUGGUAAAGUGUUUUCUGGGAGGGAAGGAGUGUAAUGUAUCUUUAAAUGUUUUGGCGGGAAACAAGCACGUUGCUGAUUGGUUGAAGCCGCCGGCUAAACUGUAUUUAAGG